UGCGGGAGGCUGCGGGCCGGCCCUGCAGUGCCAAACCGCAACAUUCCUAUCCGACUGGAGAGGGAGAGGGCUGCCCGGGCUGGACCCCACGAUCCUGAUCCGUCACCGUGAGAAACCGGCGGGGACGCCGCCCCUCCUGCGGCUGGAGCGCUUCCAGAGCAGAGGCGCAUCGCAGUGCCGCUCGCCCCGGCGUCCUUCCUCCAGCUCCGGCUCCUCCUCCUCCCCUCCAGCCCCGGCGCCCGCAGCGGGCUGCCAGAGGCGGUCGGGCGCGCCUCCCCCUCUUCGUCCUCCCCCCUCGUCUCGCUCUCUCGCGGCUAACUUUCCCGAGCCCCGACCCGCUGCGCGGAGCACCCCCGCCAGCUGACGGGCCCAGAGCCGACCUCGGGCGGAGAGUGCGGGGGUGCCCACUAUCUCAUCCCAAGCCCUCGGAGCGCUCCGGAGAGAACAGGACCAUGUUCUGGGCUGGGGACCGAGGCAAAACCCUGGCGAGAUGGCUGGGCACUGGGCUUUUGGGUCUCUUCCUGCUCCCUGUGUCCUGGUCGUUGGAAGUGUCUGUGGGAAAGGCCACCACCAUCUACGCUAUCAAUGGCUCAGCGAUCCUGCUGCCUUGCACCUUCUCCAGCUGUUUUGGCUUCGAGAAUCUCUACUUCAGGUGGUCCUACAAUAGCACCGAUACGUACAAGAUCCUGAUAGACGGCAUUGUGAAGAACGAGAAGUCUGACCCCAAGGUGAGGACGAAGGACGAUGACCGCAUUACCCUGGAGGGCUCCACCAAGGAGAAGAUGAACAACAUCUCCAUCCUGCUGAGUGACCUGGACUUCAGUGACACCGGCAAAUAUACCUGCUUCGUGAGGAACCCCAAAGAGAAGGACCUGAACAACUCUGCCACCAUCUUCCUCCAAGUGGUUGAUAAGUUGGAAGAAGUGGACAAUACGGUGACGCUCAUCAUCCUGGCUGUGGUGGGCGGGGUCAUUGGACUCCUGGUCUGCAUUCUGCUGCUGAAGAAGCUCAUCACCUUCAUCCUCAAGAAGACCCGAGAAAAGAAGAAGGAGUGUCUUGUGAGUUCCUCUGGGAAUGACAACACAGAGAACGGGCUUCCUGGCUCCAAGGCAGAAGAGAAGCCACCCACAAAAGUGUGAGGCCCUGCUCGGGCCAAGCAGUGCAGGAGCCUCACUUUCUGAUGGUGACACGGACGCCCGGGUUCUGUCUGUAGACGCCCACUGAGAUGUGUGCUGCUUGGCCCAAACUGUAGUCUCUCUGAGCAGAAGGACCUGAUCCUGUCCUGUCCAGCCUGCGCUUCCAUUCUCCCCCAGCCAGGGCUUCCCAGGGCAGGGAGUCUAGGGGAGGAAGCCUAUAGGAGGUCGAAGAAAGGGAAAGGCAGGGCUGGAGUGGUAUGGAAAGGUUGGUCCCUGGCACCUGGGAAAAUGGGGUCCCCUUUAGACUUCCCACCUCUGUGAACCCUCACUUUCCCCUCACUUUUCCAACUUACCCUUCACCAGGAAAUAGGGGUGACCAAAAGGCUGCUCCCAAAGCUGGGGUUCAGAGAUGAGCACUUGAGAUGCUGGGAAUGUGCUAGAACUCUAGGGUGGAGUCUGCUGGAGGUGGGGUCAGUUCAGAGAUGUUGGCUGGGCUUUGAAGGAUAUCAGGCUUCCAGAAAUUCCUUCAGAGACCUCUCUUCCCCGCCCCAGAAGACCUGCACACACCGUCCUGGCUCCUUGUCCAGCCUUCUGCUCUGAAUCUGUAGGACCCCCACCCCCAGGUCGGCUGGGAUGCCCUGAACUUCAAGUGUCCCAGUCUACAGCAGCUGAGGAGACUUGUGGGGAGGCCCUCCCUCCAUCCUCCCUGGAGCACUGGGAUGCUAUAUGCAUCUUUUCUCGCUUUGCUUUUCGGGUUUCAGAGGUGGGAGAACAGAGUCUCCACCCUCCCUGCCUUUGGAAUGUCUAUCCCAACCCUACAGGACUGACAACCCUUAUCCUUGGCAUGGCAGGACCAUGCCACCCUGGCACUCGCGGAGCUCAGUUUUCCCCACUUCUGCCCUUCUCUUGAAACAGCUGAUGUUGCCACCUUACUUGAGGAAUAGUUUCCUAGGAGCUUCUAUCCUAUCCCUUUGCUCCUCCUAUGUCCCUCCAGCAUGUCUGGCCUUUUCCUGCCCCCAGAUCCAUCCUUCCCCAGCCCUGGGUCUGCCUUUGCCUCAGGGACCCUUGUUUCCAGAGAAGGCCCUUGGCUUUUCCAGCUGCUUUCUGCCCAGCUGGGUCAGCUCCUCUCUCAGCCUGAGGUUGAGGAGGAGCAGAGAGUGGUUCUUAUGCCCCCUCUCUCCUUCCUGCAGAGCCGGUUUGCACACCACUUGAACGUGGGGCUAGAUUGUGCCUUAGCUCCCUGAGUCCCGGUUCUUACCCCAUUUUCCUUUGGCUCACACUCCCUGACUUAAUUCCACAGUCUGGUGUGACAAUGGUGGGGUUCCCCAGCUCCCCUCCCCAAGGUCAUGAGGGAGGCCAUGCAGCUGGAGCUGUGUUAACAAUGGCCCUUUGGCUGGUGGCAGUCUGGAAGACACCUGUGGGGUGUCUCGUCCUUGUUCUUGAUGUGAAGAUGGGUCGCUAUAUGAGGUGUGAUAACAGGGGUACCUCCAACUCCCUCAUCAGGUUUAUGAUACUCUUGGGUCCUCAGAAGAUGAAGACCAUUCCUCUUUCUAGGGAGUAUAUAAGGCCUGCUGCAGGCUCUGCCCAGGAGUAGCUGAAGGCUUACCCCAAAGUGGAAGUGGGAGUCUAAGGAGCAAUAUGGCCUGUAGGGGGCCUGAGGCUAUGGCUCACGUCUCUUGCCCAAGCCCAGGAACUCACAGGUCCUUACCUCCUCUCUUCCUGUCCUUUACAUGGAACCCAUUGUGGGCUGGGGUAAAGGCUGCCCUUCUCCCGCUUUUUAUUUCAUUUGAGACAGAGUCUCAGGUAGCCCAGGCUGGCCUCCAACUUCCUACAUAGCCAAGGCUGGCCUUGAACUCCCGACCUUCUGCCUCCACCACCCUAGUGCUGGGAUGAUGGGCGUGAUUCCACACCCUGCUCAGAGCAACCUGGCUUUGAGAGCAAACAUGGCACCCGAGCCUGCAGCCAGCCAUUCAGGAAACUUCCAGCUGCCUUUCUUCCCCAACACAGGAAGAGGCCAAGUGCUGUGGGCAGUUCUUGAGAGGAAGCUGAGGCAUGUCACCCCGCCCCUCUUCCCACACUGUCGGCUUACAGGCAAUCCUUGCAGCUUCUCCCGUCUACCCAGAGGGUGAAGUCGUACCUACCUCACAGGACUGUUGUGAGGCUUGGCGAUUGGUUUUGUUUUGUUCUUGCUUGGUUUGGAAAGGCAUUGGGAAACAAGGCUUUUAACUGGAGAGAGUGUUCCACGGCUGUCCUGCCCGCAUCCCUGUAACCCACAUACGCCUCACACUCUUCCUCUUCCCUUUGUAACCAUAGGAACCGUAACUCUGACUGAUGCUUAAAGUAUCUUGUCCAUGGCAUUUUUUUAAAAAAUGAAGAUGACUGGGACUAUGGGGGUAGUUUUUUAUUGUUGUUAUCCCAAUGCCUAUGAUACUAUUGGCGUUUAAUGGAUAGGGAUUAAGAGCACAAAACUUAGUCCUCUUAACAGAGAAUGUCCGGUCCUCGUGCUAGCUUCAUGCCUGUCCAGACAUUGCCACGGACUGCAUUACAAUGUAUACUCGCAAAGCCAUUUCCCCCAGCCAGACCCUCGUGCAGGCAAGUUUUCAUAGUGAUCUCAGGGCUGCUAAGGGUGCUCCCCGCACCACUGGGCUACAGAACCUCUUAUACAGUUGACUUCGGGAAACCUGGGCCCAUGCAGUUGUGCUGACAGUGAUGUCAGUGAGACCAAAGAUGAAGCACAAGUCCCUCAUCCUUGACCUCUGAGUAGACAUCUGCCUUGGAGGGCCCAGAUCCCUCUGUGGAGAAACUGAGCAGAAGGCAACUGGAACCAACCCGCAGUGCCGAAGGGCCCGAGAGCAGGACAGACAAGGGAGCAGAAUGUCACACCUCUGGCUCACCAGCUUUUGUGGAGUCUGGGAGACAAGAGCAUCCUUUAAACGGUGGGACUCGAAGGUGCUCUGGUGUGAAGUGGGUGUGGCAGGGUGUGCCCGAAGAGGGUGCACUGUGCACGCAAAGAGCGAUGUGAAAAGGGGAGGGGCUCUGUCUUUUCAUCAGCCUGAGCUGGAGACUGAGGAAGGGUAAGAGACAGAAAUGAACAGCCACACUCCUGGAUUCCACUGGGUGACUCCACGGACAGACAACGGCCAUUGGGGGGCUGGGGCAGGGAUGCCAAGAAGAAGGAUUUGUGGGGAAAUACUCUAGCUUGCUGCACUUUAUUUUGUCCCGGAUUGGAGUCCCUGCUCUCCCUCCUCCCACCGGAUAUGCAGUACUUUGACUAUCUUAUGCAUGGUUUACUCCUCUGGCUUGGAUGGCUGUACCCAUAGUCAGUUUUCCUAUAUACCUUUAUAGAUCAAACAGGAGAGUGAUGGGCGUGAGAGCCUCAGGUCCACGGGGCCUCUGGGAGGCCCUGAUGUGCACACGCUCACCACUGACUUGUGUUUAAGCACAGACUGAAUGCGAUUAGGUUGUCUUGUCUCUACAACAUAUUUUGCACUGUAGGAUUGAAUUUAGCUUUGCUUUGGAUGAAAUAAAAAUUAUUUUUU